GAACACUUGACUCAGAAACACCAUGACACGAGUCUGCAUGGGGAUGAUGAUGAUGAUGAUUAAGAUGGUGCUUUUCAGUGGCCUGUUCAUGUCUGGUCUGGCGUUUGACAUGCAGCUUGUAAAAGUGCACCCUAAACAAGCCAUCUCCGGGGUAUCAGAAGCUUCCAUUGGGAAUCAAUAUGCUUUAAACGCAUCAUCAGCCAGAGAUCUUUGUGAGCAUCUCGGAUUGACGAUUGCAAACAAAGCACAGCUAGCAGAGGCUCAGAAACACGGCCUGGAGACGUGCAGGUUCGGGUGGAUCGAUGAGCAGAUCGCUGUUGUUCCUCGAGUCAAGGUUAACCCCAACUGCGGCAAUGGCAAGACUGGGGUUGUGGUGUGGCGUGCAGAUCCCAGCAAACAAUUUGAUGUCUUUUGCUUCAAUGUAACCGAUUUUGAGACACAGGCUUCCAUAAAGGUGCACCAAAUGACAACCGGAAAGCCGAUGACGACACGUUCAUCUGUGGCUCCUACUGCUGGAGUUCAUCUGAGGGGAAGCCCAUUAUCUAAACUCCCUUCCCAUUGGUCCAGUGUUCCUCGUUCAGCGUCUGCAGGUCCCUCUGUGGUCCACAGGGCUGAUGCCAAACAUCUUGCCCUGAGCAGUGGCUCCACUGAAGCUGUUCCUGCCGCUUUACUGAUCACCGUCACCUUUGCAGUCAUGAUUGCUGUGUUUCUGGCACUUUAUUAUGUCAGAACGAAAAGACCCUGCAAGGCCCAGUGUGAUGUAGAGCAGCAGAAGGAGUACAUCGAGACUGAGGUUUGGGAACACCAUACUAAAGAAGACCUGCAGAAAACACAAGAGGAACAGGUGGAGGACAAAAACCAGGAGGAGCAGAUGGAGGAAAAGAACCAGGAAGAGCUGGAUGAGAAUCACCAGGAGGAGCAGAUGGAGGAGAGACGCCAAGAAGAGCACAUGAAGAAAAACCAGGAGGAGCAGGUGGAGGAAAACGACAGUAGCUCUGCAGAACAAUGAUAUCCCUGCCUGUGUGUGUGUGUGUGUGUGUGUGUGUGUGUGUGUGUGUGUGUGUGUGUGUGUGUGUAUGUGUGUGUGUGUGUGUGUGUUUAUCAGGCUUCAUUGAGUGCGUCUCUUACAGAGGUGUAGUUAUGUAAUGUACAGUAGGUAAUGACACAAAUGUGUUUAUUUAUAUAGGGAAGCUUGCUGAACUGUGCUGUUUUUGAAAACUAUUUUUCUUCAUUAAAUAAUUUCUGAACUUUGCUUAAAA